UAUAGGACAAAUAUUUUAACAAGAAUCUUAAGAAAUAAUAAUGAAAACUCUAUCAACAUUCAAUUUAAAAGUACCAUGGGGUCACAUUGCUGUGAAAGCAUGGGGUAACAUAAAAAAUACUGGUGUUUUAAUGGUACAUGGAACCUUAGACAAUGCUGGAGCAUUUGAUCGAUUGGUAGCAUUAUUACCACAUGAUUUUUAUUAUGUUUCUAUUGAUUUACCUGGACAUGGAUUCUCUUCACAUUAUCAGAAUGGAAUAAAACUUAGUUUUUUUACUUAUGUACUAGCAAUAAAAUAUGUUUUAGAUGAACUGCAAUGGAAGCAUGCAUUUUAUAUUGGUCAUAGUCUUGGAGCUCAAUUAGGUUUAUUUUUUUCAUUAAUUUAUCCAAAAAGAAUACAAAAGUUAGUUUUAAUUGAUAGUAUUAUUCCAGAAUUGAUUGUAAAAGAUGAAAUCAUUUCAAGAAUUAAAAAAGAAUAUGAAUUCAUAUCCAAAAAAUAUAAACAAAAUAAUUUACAUCAUUAUACAAAAGAAGAAGUUAUGUUUGCUCUUAAAUAUUUGAGGAAAAAUUGCUUAACUUCUGAAGCAGCAGAGGCAUUAUUUGAAAGAUCAGUUACUAAAGUUAAUGAAAAUUCUUAUAUUUAUAACCGAGAUAUUAGAGCAAAGAUAUUUAUUAUACCUUUCAUGGGUUUUGAUCAAUACUUACAUGUAUUGAAUGAAAUAAAUGGUGAAAUAUUAAUAUUAGCAACAGACACUCUAUUAUAUAAAAGGCACAUUAUAUUUGAAUUAUUAAAUUUUUUUAAAAGUUAUAAUAUACAUGUUAUCAGAAUUAGAGGAAAUCAUGAUGUCCAUAACAAUUAUCCUGAAAGGAUUUCAGAACAUAUAUCAAGAUUUAUUAAACAUUUUUCUAGUAAACUUUAA